CGAGUGCAACAGCUCAACUUGUUGCAUGGGUCGUAACCACUAGGUCUCUGGUGAUUUGCGGCCUUUUCUCAAAUAUGCAAAAACCUGUUUUUCCACUGGCACUGCCAUUAGUUUCAGGUUUAAUUCCUGGAUUAUCAUUUCAAAUAUUCAGAAAACAAUAUACCUAAUUUUGAUGAUAAAUGUUCUUUUCCACAUCUGCUAUCCACUUAAUUAUUCUUCGUCUUGCCAAAUGCAAAAGACAACCUGCUCAUCUCCAUAUCAAAUAGCUACUGAAGUGUCUGCUGUUAAACCAGACUUAAGAUCUGACUGCUCUCAUGAAUAUGCAUGUUGUUUCGUCUGCAGGCUGGAUGACUGACAAAGGUUGUCAUAUAGUUUAGAGAAGGGUCACAAUACUAGCACUUUUCAGUCUCACCCACACAGACUCCUAUUUUAAAAAGCCAAAUGCUGCAAUCAGAAAAAACCUUUUAAUCUGUUUGGUUUCGGGUAUGUCAGCCUAAUGUACUAUUAAUGUUUACGACCGGGCUGAAAUAAACCUGACUGGAAUUCCAAUUACCCUGCACAUGCACCAUGUACACACCUUAAGUAGCACUUAGAUUUAUUUUCAGGGUACAAACAGUAUCUAGAGACUUGAGAAGUGUUUGCACUUCACUGUUUUAUGCAAAUGAGUUGUCUUUCAGAUAAAAGGGUAAAGGACAGCAGUGAACUUGCCAUUUUUUAUUUGGUUUGCCUGGUGUUUGCUAUUAAAUACAACUCAUUGUCUGUUAUUAUUCCAUUAGGAGUCUUAUUAUUGUCCUUUUUAUGAGUGCCAUCAUUUCAAGCUUAUAUAUAGUGAAUCAAUCAAAUGGAUCAAUUACACACCCUCCACGUCCCUCAGGAGCUGAACUGCUGCCUCAAAGGUGAGACAGUUGUGUCAUAAUGAUGUAACUCCUCAAUAGGAGUAAUGUUCAUGUGAGCAUGUUGACAUCAGAGUUAGAAACAAAUGAGAAUCUGUGCACAACCUCAGCAUAUAAGUUUAGUAACUCUUUCCCAAUAGGAGAAUAAUGGAGCGAUCACAUACUGACGCUGAAUGUGUAGGGACUGGCGUCACCUUGCUCUAUUAAGCUUGUCUGUCCCUCUGAUGCACAGGGACUUGGUCUGUGUUACGUUCGAGACCUGAGAGCACAGGCACUUGUUCUCUCUAUAUCUCUCCUCUAUCUGUGCCACUCUUUCAUUCACCCUCAGCGAGUGCACAUCUCCACACGUUCAUCUGCCACUUCAAGCUCCAGCUUUAGUCUCUCCGUUGGAUUACUUGUCUAUUACCAAGAUGACCUGCCACAGGGACAAGCUAUUGGGAAACUAGAGCGUCAACUGAAUUAAAAAAGAGUCAAAGAAGAAAUCCACUCCUAUGAUCCACUGAGCCAACGUGACAUUAGCCUCUCAACGUCUCACCACACAAUCAUGGAGGACUCAACAGAGGUGCGAACAGACGGAAACUCUUUGCUUAAAGCAGUAUAUCUGUGUCGCCUGAGGUUGACGCGUCUGUUGCUAGAAGGAGGGGCUUACAUUAAUGAGAGCAAUGAGAGAGGAGAAACUCCACUGAUGGUGGCCUGCAAAAGCCACCAUGCCGAUGCUCAGAGUGUGCCAAAACCCAAGAUCAUCAGGUAUCUUCUUGAAAAUGGUGCGGAUCCCAACAUUCAGGACAAGUCUGGUAAGACUGCCUUAAUGCAUGCCUGCAUAGAACGGGCAGGCGAUGAGGUGUUGUCGCUUCUGCUAUCCAGAGGAGCUGACCCUAGUUUAGAGGACCAUACUGGUUCCUCCGCUCUGGUCUAUGCAGUUAACGCUGGAGACAAGGAUGCACUAAGUGUACUACUGGAUGCCUGCAAGGCCAAGGGCAAAGAAGUCAUCAUCAUAACAACAGACAAACUUCCCUCUGGAAGACAAAUGACCAAGCAGUAUCUGAACGUACCACCUCCUCCAAAUCUUGAGGACCGGUUGCACUGUGCCCCUGCGUCAUGUAUGUGCCCUUCUGAAAUUCAACUCUGUACCCCUCUUAUCACACCACCCACCAAUAACCAAUCGGAGACCUAUGGAUCCACUCCAACACUGCCCACAUGCAAUCCAGGAUCACAGACUCAAGAUACAAACCCUGUGCAAGCAGGUAGUGUAGCGAAGCUGUUGCAUCUUCAAAGGCUUCACUCAGAACCCUGGCUCAAGAUCCCUCCAUCUCUGCUUCUACAGCAAUGUAAGUCCUCAUCCUUGACCGAGGAGCUUCUAGAUAUCACCCCUGAAGAGGAGCUCUCCUUUGGGUACAAUGGUUGCAGACCUCCACUGAAAGCGACAGUAGCUCGGCACCAAAGCAUUGAUGUCAAAGACUCUACUAGUCUGCUUAGAGCCUUUGAGACAUCAUCUGUUGCUGAAAGAGAACUAACAAAAGAACAGAAAUGGCUCAGUAGAAAAAUGUCCUAUGAUGGUGAGUUGCUACCACACUCUUCCUCACAUCAGAACCUCAAACAGGCAUCCAUCUCAGAUGCUGCCCCUGUGGACCGGGACCCAGGCUAUCUUCCCAACCUGGCUGUUUCAAGCCUGCGCAACGUGUUUCGCCGGCGCAACAUUGGAAUGGACCAUUAUAGUUCUGACUCUCAGUUGCCUCAAUUUGUGAGCCAACCUUCUGAAGACCUCGGGAAGACUGGAGGAGGAGGAACUGGAGGGACGGAGAAACGCAAGCUCGUUACUAGCCGCUCCUCCACUCUUUCAGGAUCCAGAGAGUCUCUGGAGUGUCUCGUCCAGAGGAGGAGCCCAGCAAUGCUGGAACGGAGGGGAUCCGGAGCCCUACUCCUAGACCAUAUCUCACAGACCCGGCCUGGUUAUCUACCACCUCUCAAUCCACAUGCGCCCAUUCCAGAUAUCAAAGGCAAUACCAGUGUUGGCCUCAACAGUGGAAGCAAGCCUGUGGCAGGAACUACACCCAUUGUUUCUGGAUCGAGGCAUUUUGUGCCAUGUGCCCCAAGCCAUCCCAGAGAUCACAAGAAUAAGAGUCUGCUAAGACGACACUCCAUGCAAACUGAGCAGAUCAAGCAGCUGGUCAAUUUUGAGGAGAUUUUGGGUCAGUAAUCCAUCACAAAGGAAGGUUGUGAUAAAUAUAGAGAUUUAAUGUCAUUUGUCAGUCUGAAAUCCGAAGAUAAUAAAGUUUAGAUUUAAAUGCAAAUUAAAAUAAAUAUCUCAACCACCUCCCUAAAAUGCACUUUCCAGACUGGACAAUGGGAAUAUGUUUAUUUUGAUCAUUAUAAACUUGACUGCACUUUACUUCUGUUCUUUGUGCUCUCACUCAUUAGUGCACUGAAUCAGAAUACCGACACUUUGUUGCUGUUUAAGGCAAUGCUUUCUUUUUAAACCUGAUUCAUGUCUAUGUAUUUAAAAAACAGAAUAUACUGUGACCUUGUAUUUACAUAUUGACUGUAAAUAAACGCAGCAUAAAACGUUACUUAAACUUUCUUGCAUAUAUAUAUAUAUAUAUAGAAUUAAGUGUUGUCCAA